GGGGCCUCGGCCGCCUCUCCUGGGAACAGCUUCUGGGUCCCCUCGCGGGCAGGAAGUUAAGACGAAUCACAGAAAAUUAGGCCAAAUGGCACGGCCUGUUUCUAUGGAGACGUCAGUGAUGCCACACACUCCCGGAGCCCACAGGACGCGGGGCUUCCGGAGCCGGUCCCGCCCGGGCCUGAGCACGUACCGUGAGCCCGGCUCCCGCAGAGGCCGACCGUCCACGGCGUCCUUCCGCUGCCCGACCGCGGUCUCUGCACCUGCCCUGAGGAUGCUGCGGGCCGGAGCCCUUCCCCCCAAGAAGCGCAGCCUGGAGCCCAACCCGCUGGAGAAGGGCGUGCUGCUCCUGCAGAGCGUGGCCGGCCACGGCAGCUGCGGGUGGCACGGCCUCAGCAAGUCGGCUCGGGCCCUCAGCCGCUUCUACGGGAAGAUGGACGGACGCAAGCAAGACGCCGACGCCAGCGCCGAGGACACCAGCUUCACGGCCGAACUGGAGGAGCUGAGAAAGCUGUUCCUCGCGCGGCCUGACUGCCCUCGGUUCAGCACCAGGGCCACGUCCAUGUGUCCUUACGGUUCAGCCAUCUCAGCCGAGUUAUCCGAGGAGUUGCGCGUGGCACUCGAUUCCUGGAAGGCGACCCAGGACCCGUUCUCCAGACAGCAGGUGGAUGGGCGCCUCCUUCCCUUUAGUAAGAGCGCCUGUGAGUUCAACUAUUUGAGGACAAGAGAAUCCCGGAUGAUAAGCCCGGUCCCCAGCAGCCCAGUCCUAGCGCACAGCCAGCUGAGAAAGCACGUGCCCUGGUACAUCUCCGUCAUCCAUGAGAAGGAUCACUGCCUGCGGACGCUGGGGGAGGAGGUGCAGCGCCUGUCCCAGCUGGAGUUCCUGCUUCGGAAGAAAGACGAGAAGGUCGCGGCCCUCCAGGAGGAGAGGGAGGCCUUGAAGAAGCAGCUGAAAUUCCUCCUCCAAAGCAAAAGCCAAGAGAUAUUGGAGCAGCCCUCAGAGUCUGCACCAAAGCCCUUGGGGAAGCUGAGCAUCCUGAGACCCUUCUUCGGAGACGAGGAGGAGUUGCAGCACAGAAGGCAGCCGCAGGCCGAGUGUUCCGCGACCCGCAGGGGCAAGGACCCGGAAGUGGAUGGCGGCCAAGAAGACGAGGCGGGAGAAGCAGAGGGCGGGACGGGCAGCGGGGAGGCUGCGCCCGAGGAGGGGGCUGAGGUGGAGGAGGUGGAGCAGCUGGAGGAGGAGGAGGUGCAGGGGGCCGAGGCUCAGUCUAAGAGAAGCUCGAGCUCCCUGGAAGAGGCCUUCGAGCGGGAGCUGGUGGCCCAGCUGGAGGAGUACGAGCAGGUGAUCUGGGAGCUCCAGGACGAGCUGCAGGUGACCAGGACCAGAUACUCGCUCGCGACAGGAGCCAUCACGUCCUUACAACGCCGAGUGGGUUUCCAGGAGUCCCGGCUGCGGCGGGUGCACACGGAGAAUGAGGCCCUGCAGAGGGAGCUUCGGGAGCGGGAGGACCAGCUACGCGCCAUGUCCAACAAGUUCUCCAACCUCAGGGAAGACAAGAAACACGAAGAGAUGAUGGGCCUCAUGGAGAAGGACAACUUUCUCCUCCGCCAGCGAGUGGCGGAGCUGCAGAGCAGACUCGCCAAGCAGGAACACAUCAUCUCGGAGCUGGAGGCCAAGGUCAGCCAGCUGCAGGACCAGGUGAGCCAGAAGGAGGGCCAGCUGCAGAGACAGAAGUGGCUGCAGGAGGAGAUGGGGAGCAGGAACGAGAUGAUCCAGCAGGCGGAGCUGCAGGCCCGCGUGGCCCUGGAGAGCGCGCAGUCCCGGCUCGAAAGACUAAGAAACAACAUCAUCCAGGCCACCUUCAGCACCUCUGGGACCAAGUCCUUGGCCACUGAGAUCUCUGACAAUGACAUUCUGGAGGCCUUGCAGAGGAUCAUCUCUGAGCGAGCCGACUACUACAAUCAGCUGAAACAGAAAGGCAUCAGGAUGCCUCCCCUGCAGCAGUCGGAGGCCGCUUCCUCCCAGAGCAAGUCCAAGAAGCUGGCCUCCAAGUAGAGCCUGCCUGCCCACGCGCCCCCCGCCCCCCCAGACGCUGGGCCCCAGCUCGCGGGGCCAUCGUGUGUGGCCCGGUCUUCUCGCUUUAGAAUUAAACCCUGUCCUUGGCCAUGG